GAUCCCCUGUUGUUGGUGUGGGAUUCACUGGUUCUUUGGCUACCACUCGUUCUAAACUUGGAGAGCACAGAUUUUAUAUGUCGACAAGAACCGCUGACCGACUUUGGAUUUCAGGAGUGACCCUUACUAAGGGACUUCAUACUAGAGAAGAAGAGGAGGACAGAGUUUCCAGUCAACUUUUGCUCAAGGCCAUUUCAAAGGCAUGCAAAGUUCCAACGACCUCUAUCCUUGAUUUCAGUGAAUCAGUUGUAACUGAAGAAUGUGAAAAGCAAUUCAAUGAAGAGCAAGAGUUAGAACAACUUUGUCAAAUAGGCUUUAAAAUCUAUCCAUUUUCAAGUGAGAUACCAGCAGAAAGAAAAAUAAUUCUACCCGGUUCUUUUAAUCUAUUACACGAAGGGCAUUUGAAGCUCAUGGAAGUUGCUAUGCAGCAUUUGUGGUGAUGGCUAUCCAUGCUUUGAACUAUUUG